AGAGGGGUAGGUGUGAGAUUUGACCCAACCACCCCAAAACCAACUCCUCCACCCACAUAUAAAACCCAUUCUUUUCCUCCUCUUCAUCCUCAGCUUGCCAGUUCCACCAAGAACAUCAAGCAAGCUUCCACUUCUUUCCAUCUCUCACACUUUUAGUCCCUCAUCUUUCCCCUAUUUCCACUUCCACACCCCUCCAAAAACUUCAAAAAAUGCAGUGUGUUGCCCCUUCAUCAAGUAUAGGUUACAAGUCCACAAUCGGAACGACGUCGUAUAACGUCUUUCACCUGCCCGCUCGGCUCAACCAGCUUAACAUCCAAUGCGCCGCCGCGCCAGCCACCGCCAACGGCUUCGCAUCCGGCGGCAUAGGAAAGAGCCGAGCCGACUGGCAAAGCUCGUGUGCGAUACUAGCUAGUAAGGUGGAGUCACAACAACAAAACACCGAUAACUCCACCGGAGCCGAUCAGAUAACCGUCGUGAACGGCCACAACAGUUUAGAUCUGGUCCCGAUCAAAAAGCUACCAAAACCGCUCACAAUUGCCGACUUAUCACCGGCGCCGUCGCACGGAUCUACACUACGAGUCGCGUAUCAAGGUGUACCUGGUGCGUACAGUGAAGCCGCCGCCGGAAAAGCUUAUCCGAACUGUGACGCCAUUCCGUGUGACCAAUUCGAAGUCGCGUUUCAAGCGGUGGAGCUUUGGAUUGCAGAUCGAGCGGUUUUACCGGUGGAAAACUCUCUCGGCGGAAGUAUUCACCGUAAUUACGAUCUGUUAUUACGCCACCGCCUCCACAUCGUCGGAGAAGUUCAACUUCCGGUUCACCACUGCCUGUUAGCACUUCCAGGUGUACGGAAAGAGUUCAUUAACCGAGUUAUUAGCCAUCCGCAAGCGUUAGCUCAGUGCGAGUUAACUCUAACAAAACUCGGAUUAACCGUCACUCGUGAAGCAGUCGACGACACCGCCGGAGCGGCAGAGUUUGUUGCCGCGAACGAUUUACGCGACACGGCGGCGAUUGCAUCCGCACGCGCUGCGGAGCUGUACGGAUUGAAUAUUCUCGCUGACGGAAUCCAGGACGAUUCAAGUAACGUCACGCGCUUCGUGAUGCUAGCGCGUGAACCGAUUAUUCCACGAACGGAUAUUCCGUUUAAGACGAGUAUCGUUUUCGCUCACGAACAGGGGACGUCUGUGCUGUUUAAAGUGUUAUCAGCGUUUGCGUUUCGGAACAUCAGUUUGACGAAGAUUGAGUCACGGCCGCAUCGCAACCGUCCGAUUCGAGUGGUCGGUGAUGAGAAUGUAGGAACUGCAAAGCAUUUUGAGUACUUGUUUUAUGUGGAUUUUGAAGCUUCAAUGGCGGAUGUUAGGGCUCAAAAUGCAUUGGCAGAGGUUCAGGAAUACACAUCUUUUUUGAGGGUGUUGGGGAGUUAUCCUAUGGAUAUGACCCCUUGGUCACCAUCAUCGUCAUCAUCUCAGUGAUUUAUUUGUUUAUUAUGAUGUUAUUUUUAAAGAAUAUAUAUGUUUUUAUGUUAAUUUUGACAAUUUGCCUUUCUUUUUUUGAAGAAAAAAAGGAAGGGUUGAUAUGUUGGGUAAAUAUUGUGUCCAUUUGAGAUAUUUUAAUAAUGAAAGAUUCCAAUUUGUAUUUGUUA